UCACAACCACUUUUCAUUAUUACUCAUGCUUCGAAGCCUCGACACAUCACUACUGUAAAGCCCUCACGUCACUGAGCCAGUGAUGUUUUUCAGGUGUCAACGGUCCGUGAUGGCAGUCAUCAUUGAAGUGCUUCUGCUGUACAAGGAGGGGGACGACCAUGGGAACAUGUAUUCUGGAACGGGUAUGCCUCCCAACUGCUCCUCCACCCGCCCGCCUCUCUCCUCCAACUGUACGCCGUGUACCAGCGGAGAGGACGUCUUCACCGUUUGCAGAAACGUGACGGAGAACUCGAAACUGGUGAUGGAGGGAGAUGGUAGAACAAUAGACCUCUUCGAUUCUGAGUGCCCCAGAAUGCUAGCCACAAUAAAAAAUCCGGACUUCCUUGCCGAGGACGCGGUGCUGCUGAAUUCCAAUUCGGCUGCAGCGCCUGCAGAGACUUUGCCAAGUCUCACAUGCUGCGUCAGCCGGCAGAACGGUGGAUUCAUCUACCGUCUGUCCCGACCGCCCCGUUCCUCCAAGUGCGAUACGUCCUGGGAGUUAAAGGACAGAACUGUCAUCGCCCGUGACUCUGAAUUCCAUGAGUCGGUUCAGAGUCUGACAAACCAGUUGCUCACCAUGAAGGACUUCCAGCCUGACGUGCACUACAUAAGCGACUGCGACGGUGUCUUGGAGGAAGCCACCUGCAAAAUCAACGGCAGCCGUAUCUUGGAUCACAAGGAUAAUCCGAUAACCACCGUGAACUCUACAUUGAUCUGCAUCACGGAGAGUUGUUAUCUGACCAAGCCCAUAUUUUAUAUUCCGGUCACCUUAAUUGUGAUCGGAGUCGUCGUCGUCGUGGCUCUACUGAUCUGGCGUAAAUGCAGGAGAGGAGGAUCUGCAACCCCGAGUGUUGCAUACACUCCUGCCAAUGGGAAGAAUGAAAUGGAGCUUGAGGAGAUAAAAGAGGUCAUCAUAAAGACAUGCAAUAGGAGUUGAUCAGGUACAAAACAACAGUGGCUUGAACAAGGAUGAAAACUGACUACCUGUAGUCUAAAUGUGGCCAUUGUUUUUGAAAGUGCCUUAAAGACGAGUACAAUUUUAAUAAAUAGAAACAUGCACCGUAAGUGCUAAACAUACAAAACUAUUAAAUAUCAAUAUCAUUAAUAAUAUAUAUAUAUAUAGUGAAGUUAUAGAGAGAGGAAGAGGAUAUAAGUACUACAAUUUUACGUUUAACUUUUUUUUCUUUUUCUGUUUUCCUUCAUAUAUGAGCUUCAGGGUCAGCCAUUCAGACCCAUUCAGAGGGUCUAAGGCUCGCUUGAGGUUUUAAGUUCAUCAAAUGUGUCCAAGAAGCCGUUUUUUGCCGUUUUAAUCGGGUUACGAGCAGUCUCAAGCAGUGGCGGCUCCUGAAAAAAUUCUCAGGGGGGGCAAUUUUUUUGAUAAUGAUUAACCCUCCCAAAACCACAGACCUUCAGACAGCUGUCUAUGUGUAGCUUUCUCACAAUGCCAUCAAGUCAUGUGACUCCAGUCAGUGUGACGGCUGUGACUGAACUCUGUCUGUGAGCUUGUAGUUAGUUCAUAAGCAGACAGACAGUCUGAGGCCGUCUGUGAGCUGUCUGUCAGUAAUCCAGCUCCUGGUCUUUGAUUUGGUGAUUUCUUUCAACAAGAUUUAAAUAAUUAUAAUAAUAAUAAAUAUGAGAUCCCCAUUUGUGAUUCCUGCAUCUGUGCUUUUUCAAAUAAUAGAAGAAAUACAAUUGCAAUCACUUUCAAGUAAACCAGAUUGCUCCACCAGACAAGAAACAGCUAAAUGUUGAGCUUUUGUUUUGAAGGGCAACAGCAGAAAAGCCAAACUCACGGAGGUAAGACCUGGCAAGUCGCCAAGAAUCUCGGCUGUCGCGCAUGCGCAGGCGCAACUUGUAAAUACCGCAACGUAAACAUUUACAUUAAGGUACAGGCAUUUCAACAUUUAUUUAUUCAUGACUUAGUUUUAUGUCGGUGUACUUUGACCGUGUGUAAUAUGUGGAGUUGUCAAUAAAGGUCUUUCUGCAUUUCC